AUUCGACAACGACAUUAACAGUGGAAGAUAGUUCCUUAGCUUCGCUUCGAUUUUCAGUUCAGCAGUUUCAUUGCGUUCGCGCCAUCGGCUGGAUGGUGCUUGCUUAGCCUUUUAUAAUUUGCUUGCGUUUUCCUUUGGUUUGAACACUUUACCCCACGCCUCCUACUCAUUAUCGGACUUGAGACUCGGGACUACGGCACUCUUGUUGAUAAGGCUGGCUUCUCAAGAGAUAAUGACAAUUAAUCAUAAAUACAACGACGAGUCAAAACAAACCCAAUCGAGAGUUUCGUCGUCGUCAUUCAUGUGAUGCUCUUCUGUGUCAAAAAUUACAUUUAAAAAACAUUCCGUCUAAGUUUUCGUUUUCAACCAAAAACUCGUUCUUUUAAAAAUCAAAUUAAAUUGAAAUUUGGCGCGUGAAUUUUAUCAACACAAAAAGUGAAGAGAGGUGCAAAAAAAGUUCUGCAUUGAUUUUUGUCGUUUUGAUUGUUUUUGCGAUCUAUUUGAUUGUGUUAUCAUUUUGUUUAAUUAAAAUAUAAUUAAAUAAAAUAGAAACAACUACUUUUGUGCACUUAUUUGAAAACGAUAAGAAGGAGAAAUAAUGGCGGUUGAUUAUGUUUUGGAGGAACUAAUGGGGAAGUUGGGUGAUUUUGGAAGCUACCAGUUCUACCAGUUCAUUUUGCACAUUCUAUCAGCUUUAUUGGCUGGUUUGCAUAUGCUGUCAUUAGUUACCGUUGCCGCUGUUCCCGAACAUAGAUGUUACAUCGAAGGUGUUGACAAUGGCACUACUUAUGCCCCAUGGAAUUCCUCAGACAUUCUGUCGGCAAUUCCUAGAACCGCGUCUGGUGAACUGGAUUCAUGUCAUAUGUUUGGACCAAACGAGACUAUCGUGAAAUGUCAGUCUUAUGUGUAUGACAGAUCUUACUACCAAUCAUCACGGACGAUUGAAUGGAAUUUCGUAUGCGGUGACCGUUGGUUGGGGUCGAUUGCCCAAACCAUGUACAUGCUGGGUGUUUUCACAGGAGCUGUUGUUUUGGGAAGAUUGGCUGAUAAAGUUGGACGCAAAACAGUCUACUGCUGGUCGGCACUGCUACAGUUGAUUUUAGGUGUGGGAGUGGCUUUUGUACCCCAAUAUCACGCAUUUUUGUUUGUUCGGUUUUUGUUGGGAAUAUUUGGUUCAGCUGGAUCUUACAUUACUGGAUUUGUACUCACAAUGGAACUGGUUGGAUUGAGCAAACGAACGUCAUGUGGAAUAAGUUUCCAAGGAGUAUUCGCUGGCGGCAUCAUGCUUGUUGCUGGUUGGGGAGCACUUAUCAAGGAUAGACAAUUUCUUCAGAUCGUCUAUGGAUUGCAUGCGCUACUCUUGGUUCCUCAUUGGUGGUUGAUGGAUGAGUCUCCACGAUGGCUAUGGGCCCAAGGUCGAGCUACCGAAGCGGUAAACAUAGUUGCCAAAGGUCUGAGGAUAAACGGAUCCGGAAUUCCUGUCGACAAGGACUACUACAUCCAAAAGUCUAAAAUGCAGGCAAGUUUGGAAACCAAAGCAUCCGCAGGAAUGACAGAUCUCUUCAAAACACCCAACCUUCGAAUGAAAACCUUGAAUGUCUGCCUCUGUUGGUUUGCCAACUCAAUUGUCUACUAUGGCCUGUCGUUGAGCGCAGGAAAGUUGUACGGAAAUCCCUUCCUCAUAUUGUUUAUCAUGGGUCUGGUUGAGUUCCCCAGCUAUAUUACCAUAAUAUUUGUCCUCGACAAACUGGGAAGACGUUCGAUUACAAGUACUCUGAUGUUAGGUGGUGGCAUUUGCUGUAUCGCCGCUGCCUAUGUCUUGCAGGGAAGCACAACGUCAACAGCUAUUGUCAUGGUUGGUAAGCUCUUCAUUGCCGGAUCUUUCGCUGUGAUUUACAACUAUUCCGCCGAAUUGUUCCCAACUGUGGUGAGAAACUCAGCCAUGGGACUGGGUUCGAUGUGUGCUCGUUUUGCUGGGGCCCUAACACCGCUGAUAACCUUAUUAGAUUCCUUUGAUCCAAAGAUUCCUGCAGUAGUGUUCGGAGUUAUUUCACUGCUAUCCGGAUUCUGGGUGAUGUUCUUGCCAGAAACGAUGAAUCAACCAAUGCCAGAAUCCAUCCAAGACGGUGAAAACUUCGGAAAGGGAGAUACGUGGUUUAGCCAAUGUGCAGGAAGGAAACAAACCUAUCCAGAAGAUGAUCCUGAGCAUAUGGUACCGCUAAAAGACAUCGAUCGCAAAUGAACAGGGCAUGUUUGGCGAGCUUUAGACGUGUUCAUUAAAUGAGAAAAGAGAUUUUUUGUUUUGGUAGAAACUUAAUACUCUACAGAUUUAAAUUUUUUGUUAACUACUUUAUAUUAUAAUAUCAAAAAUAUUCAAUUUUGUUUGUUAUUUCUGUCUUUUUUUUGUUGUUGUUAUAGAAAUGUAUUUAGUUUGGAUUUUGAAAUUGUUAAAUGUUAAAGUAAAAGUCCUUACAUAAAAUGUUUGUAUAAAUCAAUUAAACAUUCCAAAAUUUGUACCAUAACUUUAUUAGAGAAAUAUUUAUAAAAUUAAUCAAUUUCAAAUUUGUUGAUAUGUGUUGAAAUAUUUUGUAUUCCUACACAAAAGAAAACAAACAAAUGUCUACAUUAAAAGAGUUAAUUAUAAAAAUAAUUUGUAUAGUGCUAGUAAACAUAAUCAUACAAUUGAUUAAAAGAGUAACAUUAUAGCAUAGAAAAUUAAAUAAAUGAAAUAUGUAUAUUAAUUUAAAAUGU